AUGAUUUCUCGUGGCGAAGCUGCUCUCGGCUCGAAGGUGCCUCUGGCAACUCCUGCUUCGUCGGCAGAUGCUGCAGCGAGAGCUCCUGCGUCGGCAGACACAGCGGAAAAAGCUGCACUCGCAGCACUGCCUCCCCACUGGCUGCCAUGGCCGUGGCUUCUACAGCAGCAUCCAGAUGCAUGCGUUGCUGCUGUCUUGACAGCUCAAGGCUUUGGGGCGGUGUGGGGUGGCAUCAAAGCCGAUGGACCUCUCGGGAGAACGAAGACACUCAGGCGAGGCUUGACGCUGCUCGCAACUGCAAGUGCCGCUGCAGCCGCCAUCUUCCUAGUCAUUCUUCGCCAUGCACGACAGACAAGCGAUCUCACACAAGCAGCAGCAGGAGAAGGUGGCUAUCUUACAGCAGCAGGAGCAGCAGCAGCAGGAGAAGGUGGCUAUCUUACAGCAGCAGGAGGUGAUCUUACAGGAGCAGCAUUAGGAAAUGAUCUUACAGCAGGAGCAGCAGCAUUAGGAGGUGAUCUUACAGCAGGAGCAGCAGCUAGAGCAGGUGAUUGGGUGUUUCAGGAUUCUGUGGCUGGUGGCUUCGUAGACGAGGCAACAGGAGCUAUAAAAGCGUGGUUAUAUCGGUUUGCUGUUUCUCCGUAUGCAAGUGUGGCCGUCCUGUGUGUGCUGCUGGCUGCGGCUGUGGGUAGCGGCUGCACUAUCCUAUCCACUCUUUGUCUCUGCUUCGAGGAGCCUGAGCUGUCGGGAGGAACGCGCAGAGCACUUCUCGCUCGAGGCUUUCUCUUAGGGCAGCGCCGUCCAGCUGCAGCUGGAGCAGGGGGGGGGCCCCCCUCUCCGCGUUUUGAGGGAGAAGGGGCCCCCCAGAGUCUGGCUGCUCGGGGAGCCUCUGCUGCUGCUGCUCGCCACGGCUCUAUCCCCGAGACAGCGGCAGCGCCUUUGCCCACACCCCGCUUUUCGUGGAUUGCAGUGCGACCUUUCGUGUUGCUGGUCGCUGCAGAAGCAGCAGCCAGAGAACCCCUUCGUGCUGAGGCAGAAGCUGAGGGCCCUUUUGAGACUCCGUCAGAAGCUCGCGGAAGAGGGGAUGCAUCCGAGGGAGCUCAGCGAGCUGCUGCAAGAACCUCUCAAGGGAUGGCAGCGGAGGGCAGAGCUCCCCCCCGCGCAGGAGGAGAAGGAGAGGCAGCAGCAGCAGCAGUGGCGACGGCUGCAGCGAGAUGCACAAGCUCUCGGAGGGCAGCCUGUCGAGCCGCCUGUUGGAGAGCAGCAGCAGAUGCAGCAGCACGGCUUCUAUUGGCAUGA